GGCCCUAGGGUAGUGGGGCCCUGGGCACAGCCUAGGGAGUGGAAUGCCCCAGGCGCUGUGGGGCGUAGGCGCAACGAAUUGGGUGACUUCAGCAUCAAGUAACCGCUGUUUUGGCAGCAGCAUCUGCAACAGGUGUAGACAGGUCCCACCCGACGCCGCACUGGAAAGUCCUUUUGAAGAAAUGGCCCUGGUCAGGGGCGGCUGGUUGUGGAGACAGAGCUCCAUCCUCCGCCGCUGGAAGCGGAACUGGUUUGCCCUGUGGCUAGAUGGGACCCUUGGCUACUACCACGAUGAGAACGCGCUAGACGAGGAGGACCGUGUGCUCAUCCAUUUCAACGUCCGUAACAUAAAGAUUGGCCAGGAGUGCCGAGAUGUGCAGCCCCCAGAGGGCCGGAGCCGAGACGGCUUGCUGAUCGUGAACCUACGCGAGGGCUCCCGCCUGUACUUGUGUGCAGAGACCCAGGAUGAUGCCAUAGCAUGGAAGACAGCACUACUGGAGGCGAACUCCACCCCGCCCCCAGCAGGAGUCACCAUCCCUCCCAGAAGCCGCCGGCUUUGCCCUAAGGUCAGGUGUGUGACCCACUUGCGGAGCCCCUGUAAAUUUGAGAGGCGAAUCUGGGUGCGUGUCUACAGCCCAUACCAGGACUACUACGAGGUGGUAGCCCCCAAUGCGCACGAGGCUACAUACGUCCGCAGCUACUAUGGACCACCCUAUGCAGGUCCCGGCGGCGUGACGCACGUGGUGGUGCGGGAGGAUCCCUGUUACAGCGCGGGCGCCCCGCUGGCCAUGGGCAUGCUCGCCGGGGCUGCCACGGGCGCCGCGCUCGGCUCUCUCAUGUGGUCGCCGUGCUGGUUCUGAGCCCCGCAACUCGGCCUUGGGCCCUACACAUAGACUAACAGACGCCUUUUGUCCUGACUCCCCUCCUACCACCCCGCCCCAACCCCAAUUCUAAGCCCUGCCCCAUUUUGUCCCUGUCCGUCCAUCACCACUUUCUGGGCUUGGAAAAACAGCCCCAUCUUCACCCCAAGGCGAGAAGCAACAUAUCUAGGCAUAAAAAUAACUCAAAACCCUCCAUAUCUACAGCUAGGCAUCACAGGAAUCCGCUGUGAUUCCUCUUUAAAAAAAAAAACUAACAGAAAAUCUAAUUUGACUUAACAGGUCACCUUGUAAAGUUUCAGAGUUUGUGGUGAGAACUGGAUCUGUAAACAGUUUACAAGGCAGAGAGUGAGGAAGUCGACGGGAGUGUAACUGCUGGCAGAAUGCAGAGCCAUGAAUAGUAUCAUGGCAUGUCCAAGGAAUCUUGGGCAGAGGUCAGAUUACGAUGAACCUCCAAAACCUAAGGAACUUGCUGUAUAAAGGGGAAAUGAAUGUUUUUGAGUGAUGUUUCAUUACUACGUGUUUUUAAUACUUAACUCAAUUCAACUCUCCCUCUACAGCCCCUUGCUGGGUAGGUGGGGCGUGGGGAGCUGUGAACACUGCUGGACCCUAAUUAUGGUGCUUCCACCAGGAAAUGCACUUAAUGGGCGACAGGAGCCUGGCCCUCAGUUCAUAGCUAUGGCUGUCACCACCUCAGGCUUUGUCUCUUCCUUCCCUCUGAGGGAGAUGACAAGGUUCUUCACUGAGGUCUGAUCUACCUUUGUGUCAGUUUGGAAGACACCUCGGGUGCAGGUGGCCCAGCAGUCUCUCCACCUGGCCUCCUUCCAACUUCCUUCCCCAGUCUGUCCUAAUCACCGCCAGAAAUGCUAACAUCCAUGCCUGUAGCCAGAGUAGCCUGCUAAUGUUCCCUUGUAGAUGGGAGUUCCAUUGGCUCUGUUGUAGUCUAAUAAAAGUGUGGCUGGCUCUA